CCUGGUUCCGGAUAUCUAGGAAAACGAUCAUAUUCACUGAAGAUUAAACUAAAAAACAGGUUUUCCAAUGAAUUCCAUUUUUAGUUAUUCUCAUGGAUACAUCUAUUGCAGUUAGCACCAAGUUCCUUCGCAAUCGCAUGAUCAUUGAAGAAGUUUUAUUGGCCUAAGAUACUAGAUAUUAUCACAUGAAUGUCGGUAUCGCGUCUCUGCCGCGGACUCUUUUCGUCUCGUGACUGCUUCUAAUGCAGAAGGUUGCAAUUCGCUAGGAGCCACGACAGCGGAAAAAAGAUUUCAAUCGAUCUUCUUGCUUUCUUACUCGUUGUACAACCAGCUGCGCCGACCGACGUGUGACUCGUCUGUGUGGAUGUGCGCACGCACCGAAUUUUGAGACGCUGGUUGGGAAUUAGUGGUAGCAACAAGCAGCGGUUGACAGGACCACAACGUCGUGGUAGCCGAGGACAACAUAUUAGUCAGGAUUCUAUACUUAAUUCUUCACAUCAAAUAACGCGAAGAAAAUGAUCGAGGAGGUUGAGGUCUGGCGGCAAAAUGCUGAUGGAUCCGCAGGUUGGUAUUUGGGACAAGUCGUUGAUUAUCGAGAUGGCGCUGUGUCGGUUCAGAUCGGAUCUGAGGCGCCUUUCGUUGCUGCAACCGAUUCAGUCAGAGUACCGCGUGAAAGCAGCAGCAGCGCGUCAUUUUUGCCACAGGUUCUUUCAUUUUAAUAGAUAUGUUUAUCUCAAUCCAUGCAUAUUAAUUUCAUCGUGCUGGCUGGGCGUAGCCCAGGGCUCUCGCUUCUCAAAGCCUGUUUCUUUCAAUGAACUCGGACACUUCUCGUCUCUCGUUCUCUUUGUCAAAAGUGUAACUACAGAAAACGAUAAGUAGGGGGGAGCAAUAGAAGCUUCAACCUGGGCUAGCUUCAACCUGAGUAGUGAUAUCGAUCUUUAUCUCUCUCGAAAGAAACGGAGACUACUUCCAAGGUGCUGGAUCACCAAUUGUCAUCCUUCAACAACGAAAGCAGCACCCAGUAUUCACCGACCUUGCUUUAAUAAUCUGCACUACAGGCUGGCGGCGUCUGCGAGGUCUUGAAGAAGGGCCCGGGGGAAUCUGUGAGCUGGGCAGAGUGUCGAAUCAAACAGAUUAAGGGCGAAUUCUACUACGUCUACGACAAAGAUCCCAAUGCGUAUUCUAUAUCUAUAAAUAUGUGUUUCACUUUGUUUAACUCUUUCUAUUGUGUCAGUGAUACGAGGUUAGUUUCACGAGUCAGUGACGCGAGUCAGUGAUACGAUCACGCAAAGACUUGCUGAUAAGGGCGGAUCCUCAUCUCUCUGCACGUUUUUCCGGUUAUAGCACAGACCCCACCGCCAAGCCACAUACUAGUACGUCGAGGAAAAAAGUUCAUUACCCGCACGCGUUUCAUCAAUCAUCAUAAGUGAGUACUGCCCGGCGGUGGGGUCUUUAAUGGGCAAAGUCUGUAAGUAGGCGGGAAAAAAUACCGCAUGUAGUACUCGGCUGAGUAAAAAGGCAAACAUGUUGAGAGUGAAUGAGACGAUGUCAGAAAUAAAAGACUCAAGUAAUAGAGUAGAUUCAUGUAAGGACAAAAAAUGACGGGACGAAAGGCGCGGCUCUUUUUUUCAGCUUCGUUUACAACGCAAGGCGUGGCAAGAUCAGCCUGGUGGGGUCCGAAAUUCGUAGCGGGCGUGUGGUAUUUCACACAUUUAGCAAACAACAGACAUCAAAUACAACACACGCUUUCACGAGUUGGGCCCACGUCGGCCCCGCGGAAAAGGGUCAUAAGGUUUUUUAUAGUGGAGUUCGCGCAUCUUAAGGCUUUUCGAGUUGAGGCUACCUCAGUCCCGCGAGGGCAUUGAGGGUUUUUUGCAAUGGAGUGAGCACAUGUUAAGGCUUUUCGAGUUGAGGCCAUUUCAGCCCCGCGAGGGCCUUGAGGCUUUACAAUGGAGCACGCACAUGCUAAGGCUUUUCGAGUUCAGGCCGUCAGCCCCGCGAGGGUCUUCGGGCUUUGCUUCAGUCGAUGGCGCAUCGAGGCGACACGCGCGAGGAGCUCUCGUUCGCAUUGUUUUUAUUCUGCGGUGAUGUAUACCCCGCGCGUUAGUCUCCGCAAGAAAAGAAGGGCGAGGUGCACUCGGUUCGUGAGAGGUGUGGAAAGAUCCUGUUAGACAUCGGUUCUUCUUAUUGGCAACGACUUUACUGGAGUCACGGCCUCGGUGCUUCAGCUGACUUUACUCAAGUCGCCCACCAUCCUCGGAGUUGAGCUACGAGUCCGGGGGGCUCAAUCUGAAGGAUCCCCGACCUAACCUAACCUAGUUUUAUCUUGACCAAAAUUACAGUAUUGCUGGAUACAACUUUGACAUAAAUCAUGUUAUGGCCCAGUGGACUUUGAAUACAUAGAUCAAGAAGAAUCAAGUACUUGUUUACUUCUUGAUGAAUCAUCAGGUUUGAAAAUUUGAACAUCAUACGUAGGAACAUCAAGAUAUUUAACAGACGAAACAGAACGAAGAAAUUUGAACAUACAUUGAAACAAUCUUACUAGAUAGUCUUCUUGUGGCUGCUUCUAAGAUUUUGAAUUUUCUACGUGAUUUGAAUUUGAAAUUUCAAGGAGAAAUCAAAAAAUUUCUGAUUUUAUCUCGUUUUUAAUGAAUUCAUAGGAAUCUUUCGAUUUUGAAAAUGGCUGUCAUCUCUUGAAUCAUUAAUAUUAGAAACUAAAGUUGAAAGUGAUGCAAAUCCACCUAUGAUGAUCAGCUGCUGUAGUCAGUCACUAUAAUGGGCAGAAUAUAUGUAUACCCGUGUAGUUUAUAGAAUGUAGAUCAUUGCCAAUGAGUAUCAAAAAAGUAUUUCCAUGUGAUGAUGUCUCUUUAUAUCAACACCUUCAGGGCAUGGAUAGUAGAAAAAUCAAAUUUACGACCUGCGGACCAUUCUGCAGGUGGAUUUACGUUUGGAAACGCACUAAGAGAGGUACUUAAAAACACCGCUGGUUCCACAUUCUUAGUGUAGUGAAGGUUGUGCAUUGAUCAUGGAUGAGUUCCUUCCACUUGCUGUAGUUUUGUGAGUGGACGUCAAGAGUGACAAGAAGGUUCCUGCAUUCUAAAAAGAAACCUUCCGUUGCAAGGAGGGCUAGAAGCUUUGCUAUCAAAAAAUAUACUUCGUAGCAGGUACUUCCAUUAGGAGCAGAGCUGCGCGCCUGGGUAAGCGAUGAAGAGAGUGACUGCGACGGCUGCCUGCAGCAGGUCGCUGCGAAAGUUGGAUUGCUUAUCUGCAAAGCUCGAGUCAACGAUGCCGAUGAAGCGGAGGUCGUUUUGGUUGGUAUCAUUCACUUCCUCCACUUCCAUCUUUUCUCUUCGCUUAAUCAGUAUGACUUGGCUCUAGAAGAAGAUACAGAUGAAUCUACUUACGGUUAUUCAGGGUUUUUGUGUUGAAAUCCACACUUACAGGGGAAAAGUCUGCCUUGAGGCGCGCGAAGAUUUUGCUUGACGUGCAUCUGAAGCACCAGAGGGCGAUUCAAAAGUUUCAUACGACGCGCGAUAAGAAAAUGAAAAUGCUCGAGGAGAGGAAGAGCAAAUACAACGAGCAGUGCAGCUACGUAUUCACAACCCAUCAGACUGUGUCUUCUUAUGAGUAUUCUGAUAUUUGUGUUUGUUGUCUUGGUUCUUGUCCAGCUAUUUACACAGAUUAGACAGCUUCGUGUUAGUGGUCAAAGUCUUAUACCAGCAAAUGAUACAGGCGAGGACUGUUUCGUUAUUCCCUCUCUUCAUUGCAUCACAUUAGGAAUUUGUCGCUGACGCGCGUGUGUCGGGUUUCAUCCUUGGCAAGGAAGGGAAGACUAUCAAGCGCGUGAGGCAGGCUUUCGACGUGGAGAUCAUCGUCACAGACCUUGAAGACACCUCACCUGCGCAAGUGCGGGUGCGCAUAUACGGUGAGACGCAAGAGCAGGUCGAUCGAGCUCGUGAGGAGAUCGAGUACACAAGGCUUGAAUUUACGAAGACUACAGCAACCUUCUCAAACAGUAGAAAGUACAAACCGCAGCUGCUAGUAUAGUUGUAUUUCCGAGGAAGAAACAAUGUCCUACACGACCAAAUAAGUAAGCACUUCAGAAGUAGUAGCUUCUUUCUGCUUUCUUAGUUGAAGAAAACAUUUUUCUCCUCGCCUUCAUUCGUGUCCCGGUGGAACCUCAUCUCAUUGGCUGGGUACUCGGUAAGAAGGGUGCUCAUCUAACCGAUAUUGAGGAGAAAAGUGGCAUUGUGAGAGCAAGGUACUUCUACUAGAUCGUCAUUGCGAAAAUUAGAAUUGGUGCUUUCAUUUUUGUGAUUCCUUCCGAUCAUUGUUCGUCGUAAUUCUACAUAAAAAUAUCUGGUUGUAUGCAACCACUGCUCCUCGUUUUUCCCAGGUAAUUUCUGUAUCAUGAUUACAACACGCGCCGCCCCCGCAUCAUAAUCUUUUUCUUCAACAUUUUUACGCCUCUACUGCAACACCCACGACAGCUUGAACCGUACUACUAACGUCGUCGAGCUAAUUGGUUUGAAGGACUGCGUAGAGGAUGCAAAGAUGGCUUUAGAAAGCCACUGCACAUAUUUCGAAGUUUACAAAGAAAUGGACGAUGAGCUGCUUGAAAUCGAUAAUUCAUUCGCGGAGCUUGGCGCGAACGGGAAAGGCGGAAAGAAAGGUGCUCAAUAUAAUGACAUAGUGAAGACGAUGACUCCGUCCUCGAUUGGAAAUUAGUGAUCAUUAUUCAUGCAUCGAUAUUUUUCACAGCAACUCGCGAGAAUCACCACUGAAGAAAGAUAAGAGUCUUGUUGCCGCAAUUUCCUCAACAUCUUGAUGGUCUCCCUCUGGAAAAUGCAGGUAAAGGCAAGAAGGGCCGCGGGAAGAGUGUCCGAGAUGAUGAGGAGGGUGGAGAAAAUAGUCGGCCAUCAAAAAAAGGUCAAAGUGGUAAGAAAAGUCGAGACAGCGCGAGCAGCAGCAAAGGAGCGGAUGCUGAGAAAAAAGGCAAGGACAACAAUAAGUCCGGAAGUAAGAAUAAAUCGAGGAACUCUGGAGCAGGAGGAGCAGAUACUCCAAGUGAUGGCACGAAAGCUAAAGCCAAUGGAAGCGCGCCAAAAAAGGGAGAGCAAAAAAGUAAGGAUAAUGAGACAAAAGCUGCUUCCGGUGCGGGUGGAAAAGGCGCUCUGGCUAUCAAUGGCCAAGACGGCGGCGGUGGAAAUAGAGGAGGAAAGAAAGGGAUGCGCCGUGCAGCGGAGGACGAGAUCGACGAAGCCAAGAAGGAGCGAGCACCGGCUGAAACGCCCUCUACUGUCGGGGAGGAGUCUAGCCCGGGUGCCACAGACCCGUCACCCGUAUCCGCCAAGAAACGAAACAGCAGGGGAGGUCGUGGCGGACGAGGCCGACGAAAUAGCUCACAAGCGAACAAAGACGUUGAUGAGUUAAACUCGCCAGCUGCAGCAUCAGUCAAUGGAAAAAACUCAGGCACAGCAUCAUUAAGGAAUAUUUUUCUCUCUAACAAAUCCGUGCUGUUCUUUGUGCAACUCGCACGCAAUUCUAUUUAUCACAUGCAGUUCUAUCAACCAAAAGUGUCUUCCUUUCUUCAAAACGGUAUUGAUUCGGCAAAAAAUACAUGCCAGCUGAAACAAGGGGGAAACGGAAAUAGCAAUAAAUAUCAAAGGAGAUGA